UAUCCUCAACCCCAGAUUUCAGACUAUCCUCCCUUCAAAAAAAAUAAAAAUUUUCAUACAGUGCCUUAGAAAUAUUAUCAUUUAAAGUACAAAUUGAAAUUAUACCAACAAACCAAGCUAAGGGGAAGUAGCCCUGAUAAAUCUUUAGUUGCGAUUCAUUACAAAGUAACUUCUGUUAGGCUAAGUUUACAUAAUUGGAAAUUCAAAAGUUGUAAAAUUACAAUAAAUGAAUCCAAUUUGGAGUACGUUAUCUGGAGUGAAUAAAAGUUGGAUAGGCCUAAAUAAAAAAGACAAAAAUAAGUAAGUGUCUUAAGUGUUCACUGAAGGUGACGUUGCACUAAAGCUGAUGUUUCCUCACUGCCAGUAUGUCCUUGAAGGCACAGCAGCUUUUGCAUAAAUCACUUGUUAACUCGCAGGAUCAAAGGUCUCCUAUGAGUUCUCGCUCAUGCGCUCAAUCAGUCAGUCAGUCAGAGGCAGGCGGACCGUGUACCACCACUGUGAACCACGUUUUAACUCUCCAGGUAAAAAAAAAACUAACCCAGCAAACAUGGACAACGUCUAUGACACAGUAGAUGAGGGAAGUGCGCAUGAGGAGCGCCGUGAUGGAGCCGACAGCCCCGACGACCGAGAGCCCAAACAGGUGAGCUCAGGUGAGUCGAAGGAGCAGCAGCUGCUCAGCGAGGUGACGGUCCACGUCUCCUCCGCGGAAGGAGAGCAGCGCAGCUCUCCGGACUACAUGGACACCAGAGACGAGGACAAACACAGCAGCUCGUCCUCUUCAUCCAGCGAUGAUGAUGAAGAGGAGGCCAAAGCAGAGAAAGAGGUUAAAGCAGAUGAGGUGACAGAGGUGAAGGUGGAGCCAGCGGUGGAGGAGGCGAAGGUGGAGGAGGUGAACGGCGAGGCGCACGACGGAUCCAGGCGCUCAUCAUCAUCCUCGGCCUCCUCAGCAUCCUCCGUUCCGCCCGGAGACCCGUGCGAUGACCCACCGAUCCAGCUGAGGGUCCAGGAGGAGGAAGAUGAGAUGCUGAUGUCGUACACCCUCCCCAGCACUGACAGCACGCCGGAGGAGUCCGUCGACUACAGCCUGAAGACUGUGGAGACUUUGGAGACUCUGGAGAAUGUGACUCUGGAUGAGAGCAGCCAGCCGGACAUCUCUCUGUUCGUCAAGGCGGGCAACGACGGAGAAAGCAUCGGCAACUGUCCCUUCUCUCAGCGCCUAUUCAUGAUCCUCUGGCUCAAAGGGGUCGUGUUCAACGUCACUACCGUCGACCUCAAAAGAAAGCCAGCAGAUCUGCAUAACCUGGCUCCGGGGACACACCCUCCUUUCCUGACCUUCAACGGAGAGGUCAAGACCGAUAUCAACAAGAUCGAGGAGUUCCUGGAGGAAACGCUCUGCCCUCCAAAGUAUCCCAAACUGGCCGCCAAGCAGAGAGAGUCGAACACAGCUGGAAACGACAUCUUCGCCAAGUUCUCAGCCUACAUCAAGAACACCAAACCAGAGGCCAACGCCGUUCUAGAGAAAGGUUUGGCCAAGGCCCUGAAGAAGCUGGAUGACUACCUGAACAGCAUCUUGCCAGAUGAGAUAGAUGCAGACAGCAUGGAGGAGGAGAAGGGCUCCAACCGCAGCUUCCUCGAUGGAAGCGAGCUCACUCUCGCAGACUGCAACCUGCUGCCGAAGCUUCACAUAGUCAAGGUUGUUGCUAAGAAGUACCGCAACUACGACAUCCCCUCAGACAUGUCGGGCGUGUGGCGGUACCUGAAGAACGCCUACACACGGGACGAAUUCACCAACACUUGCGCUGCCGACUCCGAGAUCGAGACCGCCUACAAAGACGUGGCGAGGAGACUGGCCAAGUAACUCGCCAACCGACCCGAGCUCAAACGAGAUAAACUAGUACCACAACACAACACUUUUCAACAUACAUGUGACUGUCCUUUUGAGUCUUCUUCAGUGGCAUUUUUAGGAACCAGACAUAUAUUUUUCGUCUGUCGUAGUAAACAGGUCAGAUGAUGUUGCAGAUGUCUGUGUUACAGGGUGGCUUACAGGCCUGCUGCUUUACAACUGUAAUGUGGCGUUGCAAUUACAGAAACAGACGUGGCAGAAGAGAAGUGGAGCAGACGAUAAAUCAAGUGCAUUUAACUUAAUUCACAGGUUUCAGACCACAUUCGAAUUUUGCUGCUGUGAAACUUCUGACAUAACACUUUCGCUCCAACACGAUUGUGUCCCGUCUGUAUUUAUUUCUCAUGACACAAAGCUCUCUUUCAUGCAUUCUCCACCGGUCCGCACGGCCAAACAUUUUACUAGCUGCUGAUGUCAGGGUCGUUCACUUUAUUUAUUCCUAAGCCCGCAGGAGUCUAGUCUGACUCCAGUGUUUAUUAUCAAGCUUUGGCUCAGGGGGGAGACACCUAGAUUCAUCUAGGAUUGGCGCUAAUUGUUUUUUUUUGCUGAAUAUGACUGUUGGCGAGCUGCAGAUUCAUUUUGAUUGUCAUCACUUUAGGUGUUGCUGCUGUAGUUGUUUUGUGUCCUUGAGCUCAUCUUGAGAUUCACUCCUGCUUCUGAAAGAUUGAUUUGAAGAAAGACUGAUUUUUAAUGAUACGUUUAUAUGCUCGAUGACGUUAGAUUUAGCUGACGAGAGCAUUAGAACAGAGCUGAUUUGUUUGCAUGCAUGAAUCUGUUUUAAAUUGUAAUAUUUAAGAGCUCAAAAUCCUUAACUAUGUGCCUUUAUUUGGAAGUAUCAAAAAUCCAUGCCAAUGUCACUGAUUCUGAAAAAUAUGUAUUGCAGCCAGAGCGGAGACAUUUGUUCUGCCUCUAGCUAUUGGUGUUCGGUCUAGGUAUUGAUUUUGUCUUAAGUUACACAUGAUAUUAUGAAUGGAGAGAGUAUUUAUUUAGCAGCCCCCCAAUCAGGCCUGAUUAGGUGGAGCCAUUAGUGCUGCGAUGAAAAGCGUCUUCCAGGCCAGGUCCACGAUGGUCAGGAGGAGCGCUGCCCUCCAGCCCUCCAGCCCUUCAUCACAGAGACAUUUCCUCCUAGCAACAUCCACAGGCUAAAGUUCAAGUUCAAAAGUUCCAUUGUCCACGCGGAGGACGGAUGGAAAUUUGUCUCGGGGCUUAUCGUCUUUGGCUCGGUGUCAGGCUGCAACUAUAGCGAGACUUCCUUGCAGAACCAUGAGGCUCUUGUGUGGUUUGGACAAACACAUGAUAUGAAAUUGGAGCAUGAUGACUGAGAGCCUUGCUCAUUGCGAAGCUCUACAAAUAAAAUAAUAUUUUCACAGA